UGUCUUGAAUUGGUGGCCCCUCUAACCCACUUAAGGACAUGCCAGUGCCAGGCUGCUGCUAAUGGGAACUCCUGUUCCACCAUGAGUGCUCGUGAUGGCGUUGGUGGUGUUGGUGGCGUGGGCACCUUGGGUCGACGGCAGCGCUUUGAGAACUCAGAGUUCACCGUGCGCAUCUACCCAGGCGACCUGGCAGAGGGCACAAUCUACUGCCCGAUCAGUGCCCGCAAGACCACCACUGCUGCUGAAGCCAUUGAACGUGUCAUUGAACGGCUUAAGUUGGAUCGCACCAAGUGUUAUGUUCUGGCCGAGGUGAAAGAAUUUGGAGGUGAAGAAUGGAUUCUGAACCCCAACGACUGUCCCGUGCAGAGGAUGAUGCUGUGGCCCCGUGUCGCACUAGAGCAUCGGUCGCUGUCAGGUGGAGAGGAUUACCGCUUCCUUCUAAGGCAGAAGAACCUGGAUGGCUCAAUUCACUAUGGAGGCAGCCUUCAGAUGUGGCUGCAGGUCACAGACGUGCGCAGGCGCAUGAUGGAGCGUGGACUGCUGCCACAGCCUGAAUCUCAGGGUGACCAUGCAGAUUUAUGCUGCCUGCCAGAGCUCAAUGAGCGCACGCUGCUGGACAACCUGCGCUCACGCUUCCGCCAGGAAAAGAUCUAUACUUAUGUUGGAAGCAUCCUCAUUGUCAUUAACCCCUUCAAAUUCCUGCCCAUCUACAACCCCAAGUAUGUGAAGAUGUAUGAUAAUCAUACAUUGGGAGAUUUGGAGCCACAUAUUUAUGCCGUGGCAGAUGUGGCUUACCACGCCAUGCUGCAGAGACAAAGGAAUCAGUGCAUCGUUAUAUCGGGGGAGAGCGGCUCUGGGAAGACACAAAGCACAAACUUCCUGAUUCAUCAUCUGACUGCACUUAGUCAGAAGGGUUUUGCUAGUGGAGUGGAGCAGAUCAUCUUGGGAGCAGGGCCAGUAUUGGAGGCAUUUGGGAAUGCAAAGACAGCGCACAACAACAACUCCAGCCGCUUUGGCAAGUUCAUUCAGGUGAACUACCAGGAGAGCGGCACUGUGAGAGGAGCAUAUGUGGAGAAGUACCUCCUGGAAAAGUCAAGACUGGUCUAUCAAGAGCACAAUGAACGAAACUACCAUGUGUUUUACUACCUGCUGGCAGGAGCGAGUGAAGAAGAGAGGAAAGCCUUUCACCUCAAGAAGCCUGAAGAAUACCAUUACCUCAGUCAGAUGUCAAAGACACCCCACCAGCCUCACUGGGAGAGUUACUGUGAGAGUGAGCCGGACUGCUUCACUGUUGAAGGAGAGGACCUGAAGCAUGACUUUGAGAGGCUUCAGCUGGCCAUGGAGAUGGUGGGCUUUCUUCCUGCCACGCGCAAACAGAUCUUCUCUCUGCUGUCGGCCAUCCUUCACCUGGGUAACAUCCGCUACAAGAAGAAAGCCUACAGGGAUGACUCAAUAGACAUCUGUAACCCAGAGGAGCUGCCUGUUGUGUCAGAGCUGCUGCAGGUCAAAGAAGAGAUGCUGUUUGAAGCCCUGACAACACGGAAAACAGUUACUGUGGGAGAGAAGCUGAUCGUUCCCUACAAACUGGCCGAGGCUGGUACAGUGAGAGACUCUAUGGCUAAGUCUCUGUACAGUGCUCUGUUUGACUGGAUUGUCUUCAGGAUCAACCACGCUCUGCUCAACAUCAAAGACCUGAUGGAAACUACCAAGAUCUUGUCUAUUGGAGUCCUUGACAUUUUUGGUUUUGAAGAUUAUGAGAACAACAGCUUCGAGCAGUUCUGCAUCAACUUUGCCAACGAACGUCUCCAGCAUUACUUUAAUCAGCACAUCUUCAAGCUUGAACAGGUAAGAGUACAGGGCAGAGGCAUCACCUGGCGAAACAUCGACUACAUCGACAAUACGGGCUGCAUCACCCUGAUCAGUAAGAAGCCCACAGCGCUGUUCCACCUACUGGAUGAAGAGUGCAAUUUUCCUCAAGCCACCAACCAGACUUUGUUGGAUAUCAAGCGGCAGCAUGAAGGUAACAGCUACAUCGAGUUCCCCGCUGUCAUGGAGCCCGCCUUCAUUAUCCGACACUAUGCUGGCAAGGUCAAGUAUGGUGUCAAGGAUUUCAGGGAGAAGAACACAGAUCACAUGCGCCCGGACAUCGUAGCUUUACUAAAGAGCAGCAAGAAUGCCUUCAUCUGCGGACUUAUAGGCAUCGAUCCAUCAGCCACUUUCCGCUGGGCGGUACUCCGAGCAUACUUCAGGGCCCUGGUGGCUUUCAGACAGGCUGGGAAGAGACACACGCAGAAGAAGACUGGGCAUGAUGACGCUGCUCCCUGUGCAGUAUUGAAAAGUGUGGAUAGUUUUAGUUUUCUUCAGCACCCUGUGCAUCAGAGAAGCUUAGAGAUCCUGCAGAGAUGCAAAGAGGAGAAGUACACUCCAGAUGAGAGUGAAAAUGUACAAAGUGAUGAAAGUGAAAACGGUUUGACUAGAAAGAGUCCACGUACGCCACUCUCAGACCUUCAGGGAAGCAACACCAUCAAUGAGAAAUCACCACGGGGCUCUCCGGGCCUCGGCUGGAACAGGCGUGUGGGCCGACAGAGCCGCUUAUCAUCCAGCGGCUCUGCUACAGAAGAAGACGGCAUCUUUCUGAACUCUACCAGCAGCAAACUCCUGGAGAGAGCCCAUGACAUCCUCAUGUCAGAACAAAAACUACAAUCUAAGCCCGUUCUUCCAAAGCAUUUACUGAAUGUCAAGUCUCUGAAGUACCUCAGCAAUUUGACACUUCACGACCGCAUCACCAAAUCACUGCUUCACCUCCACAAGAAGAAGAAACCACCCAGCAUCAGUGCACAGUUCCAGGCCUCUCUCAAUAAGCUUAUGGAGACUCUGGGUCAGUCUGAGCCUUAUUUUGUCAAGUGCAUUCGUUCCAAUGCUGAGAAGCUGCCCUUACGGUUUAAUGAUAACCUGGUGCUGAGGCAGUUGCGUUACACCGGUAUGCUGGAGACAGUACACAUCCGGCAGUCCGGUUACAACGUCAAGUACAGUUUCAAGGAUUUUGUCCGUCACUUCAGUGUGCUGCUCCCGGAGGGCACCAGUGCAGGCAGAGAGGGCAUCCAGCAGUGUCUGGCCCAGCUAGACAUACGAACAGAUGGGUACCAAGUUGGAAAGACGAAGGUGUUCCUGCAGGAGGCUGAGCGUCAGCAGCUGCAGGCCUUACUCCACAGAGAAGUUCUCAGACUUAUUGUCAUGCUGCAGCGACGAUUCAGAGCCCGGCUGGAGAGGAAGCAGUUUGUCCGGAUGAGAGAAGCAGCGAUCUGCAUCCAGAGAUGGUGGCAUUCUUACCGGUCCAUAGAGGAGGAUUAUGUCCAGGAGGGGGCAGCUUUGUGUCUGCAGAAACACUGGCGAGGUUACAGGGAGCGUCAAAGGUUCAGGCUGUGGAAGGAGGCCACUCUGGUGUUACAGAGGGCAUGGAGGGCCCAGCUCUAUCGGCGCUGCACAGCAGCUUUGGUCAUUCAGGCAGCCUGGCGCUGUCAUCAAGCCAGAGAAGCCUACUUGUGUCUGUAUGCUGCAGUGGUACAGCUACAGGCAGUUAGCAGAGGCUUCCUGAGCAGGCAAAGCUUCAAGAAACUGAGAGAGCAGAGACUCCAGGAGAAAAGGGAGCAGCAGGAACAACUCCUUCAGCUCCAGAAUGGCCAGGUGAGCCUCUCACAAGAAAAGGAGGAGGAGCCGCGAGAAAGAAACAUGGGGCUGGACCUCAGCACUUGGGAGGAUCGUUCCUGCGACCAACAAGAAAGGAGCCGCCAAAUUUUCAGCAGCCACGGGGCCACGGUUAAGGAGGCAGGAGGAGAAGAUGCUGCAACAAAAGCGAGCUCCUCCAAAGCACAAACUGAAGCACCAACUUCAGUAUCAGUGCCCUCUGUGGCGGUGCGAGAAAGGGCUCGGACUGUAGAUGAACCUAGCUAUAGAACCACCCGGGCCAAGAGAGAGAGCCGGCGGAUGAGAGAGUUGGAGCAGGCCAAGUUCAGCCUGGAGCUCCUCAAAGUCCGGGCAAAUAGUGGCGGAGCAUCAUCUCCCUCUGAGGACCGGCGCUUGUCUCUGGAGCUGAUGCCCCCUGCAAGCCCACCUCUUCGUUCACCUCAAGGCACACCUGACAGCCAGAGCUCCAAAGGCAGCUUUGAGCUUCUCAUGAUGGAUGAGGAGCCACCCAAGGCUACAGAAGAGGUGACGGACACUGAGGACCCCUUUUCCCCACUCCCGCCAGUUUCUCCAGUUUCAGAGCCUAAUGUGGAUGUUGCUCCAACAAGCCCGAAGCCAGCUGAACCAUACAGGAGAGUUUCUGAUGCUAUUCCCCCCGAAAGCAGUGUGACAAAAAUGGACCCUGCCCACGUGCAUCCGCCCAAAAUCGACUACCUCCCAACUAUUUAUGUCCCUGCUAGUGAGGGCAGUGCAGUAAUUGCUUGUCAACCUGCUGAAGAGCCUCAACAAAGCAAAGAGGCAGCUGUCUCCACAACCACCAUCACCACCAUCCACAAACCUUUCAAGGAUAGACGCGAGCCAACACGUCGACCAGUGGUGGUGGUCAUCAGUAUGCAGAAAGAGAUGCCGCUGAGCGAAGAACUGGGUAACAUCAUCCGCCUCCCUGUAGCAUUUCGAGAUUCAACAGCCCAGACAGGUGAUUCGAAAUCUUCAUUAGAGAAACCAGACCGAGCUUCCGUCCCUGCUUCUACCUCAGUCUCUCAGGUGGACCAGGCUGCCAUAGAGAAGUUGGUGCGACUGAACGAGGAGAAAGAGGAGAGGCAGCGUAAUCAGCAGCAGCAGAAUGAAAAGGAGAUGAUGGAGCAGAUUAGACAACAGAAAGAAGUGCUGGAGCAGCAGCGUCAUUUCUUCGCCCAGCAUGAGAGAGACCUGUUUGAGAAACAAAGAGAAGGGGCUCGUGUGAAGAUAGAGCAGAGUCGACAGAGCAGACAAGAUCUCAGUGGAGCCGCAACCUCCAUGAAGCCCCUUAGACCCCUUUCCCUGCUGGGUCAGAGAACAGCAGGGGAAGCUCCUCAUGCCAGAACGCUGUCAGACUCCUCUGCCCCUCAACCCCAGCAGUUUUCUCCACCUGCUUCUGCUCCUAAAGAAAUUCACAAGGAAAGCAAGCCAGUUCCUGAGGGCUGGGCACCCAAAAUCACACUGGAGUCCAGAGAUAGGGGAGGAACCAAAGUGAGCGCAACUGCCAAGAAGCCACCAAGUGAUCGAGGCACUACAGUUAGCAUGACAGAUAAUUCCAGCAACACAUUCUUCUUUCCAAAGGACAAAGUGACAUUUGCAAAGUUUGACGCGGAUACGAUCACUAAAGACACACUUGCUGCUAUCUCCAGAGAAGGACCAACAUCAGUCUCCAAAGCUUCUAAGACCUUGAAAUCACAAGAUGUUGGCAGAGCGGGCCAAAAAAAGAAAGCCAGAAUGGCACGGACCCGCUCCGACUUCCUCAUCCAUGUCCCCAAUCACUCAGUUGGGGGCGAUUCAGACGAGGAUGACUAUGAUGGUGACAGCCUCCCCGGCCCCCGUCAUUACACUCUACCCCUCUCCAAACAGAGCUCCACGGAGGCAUGCCUAAGAGAGUCCUGUUUCAGUGACUCAGACAUGCCUGCAAGCUCUGAGAAGCUACACAAAACCAUGUCAUCAGGAGAUUUGGGCAAAGAGGACUCGCUUCGUAAGAACUCGCAAGAUGGAAGGGGUCGUAAGAGGCAUUUUUGGAACAAGGCCAAGUAUGGGGAUAAGAAGACAUCCAGAGAAAAGCUGAUUUGUGGGGCUGAUUCCCUGGAUGGAGAAUAUGGAGACAGCGGACCAUUGCUUGGAGAAGGUCAGGAAAACCUGUCGCCUCCCCGCAGUCCUGAUCUGACUUUGAAUCACGGGCUCAGAGAUUUGAAAGAGAACAGGGAGCAGUCUCCCAAGGUAAAGCCGAGGCGGAGUGUGAAGAUCAGCAGCGUGGCUCUGGAGUCUGCCCAGCGGCAGAAUGACAUGCUGCAGAUCCUUACCUCCGUCAACGACUACAGGAGCAUGAACGACUUCCUCGUGAAGAAGAUCAGCGACUUGGACACAGAGGACAGUAAAAAGGACACCAUGGUGGACAUUGUGUUUAAAAAGGCUCUGAAGGAGUUUCGUCUCAACAUCUUCAACUCCUACUCCACAGCACUCGCAAUGGAUGAUGGUAAGAGUAUUCGCUACAAAGACCUUUACGCUUUGUUUGAGCAAAUCUUGGAGAAGAUCAUGCGACAGGAGCAGAGAGAUUGGAGGGAGUCUCCUGUCAAAGUAUGGGGCAACACCUUUAAAAUUUUCCUGGAUGAGUUCAUGACUGAGUACAAACCUUUGGACUAUACAAUCAGCAAGCCAUUGCAAAAACCUGAACGCAAGAAGCGGAGGAAGAAGGACACAGACAAUGUGGAGGAGCAUAAUGGCCACAUCUUCAAGUCCACCCAGUACAGCAUCCCCACAUACUGUGAAUACUGCUCGUCACUCAUCUGGAUGAUGGACCGUGCCUGUGUGUGCAAAUUGUGCCGGUACGCCUGCCACAGAAAGUGCUGCCAGAAGACGACCACCAAAUGCAGUAAGAAGUUUGAUCCAGAGCUUUCCUCCAGACAGUUUGGAGUGGAAGUUUCUCGUCUGACUAACGAUGAGCGAACAGUGCCUCUGGUAGUGGAGAAGCUUAUCAACUACAUUGAGAUGCAUGGCCUCUACACUGAGGGAAUUUACCGGAAAUCUGGUUCCACAAAUAAAAUUAAGGAACUCAAACAGGGACUCGACACAGAUGUGGAGAACAUGAAUCUGGAUGACUACAACAUCCAUGUUAUUGCUAGUGUCUUCAAGCAGUGGCUGAGAGACUUGCCCAAUCCUCUGAUGACAUUUGAGCUCUAUGAGGAGUUCAUACGUGCCAUGGGUUUGCAGGAUAAAAAGGAAACGAUCAGAGGUGUGUAUUCAGUGAUUGACCAGCUAAGCAGAACGCACCUAAACACUCUAGAACGCCUCAUAUUUCAUCUCGUCAGGAUCGCUUUGGAAGAAGAGACAAACCGCAUGUCAGCUAACGCCUUGGCUAUAGUUUUUGCUCCCUGCAUCCUUCGUUGUCCCGACACCACUGAUCCACUGCAGAGUGUACAGGACAUCAACAAGACCACAGCGUGUGUAGAACUUAUCAUCUGUGAACAGAUGAAUAAGUACAAAGUGCGACUAAAGGACAUCAGCACUUUGGAGUUUGCUGAGAAUAAAGCCAAGUCCAAGCUGACGCUUAUCCGGCGGUCAAUGCAAUCAGAUGCUGCCAGAAAGGGAAAAGGCUGCAUACAGCGACUAAGCUACCACACGCCUUCACCUCCAGUUAGUCCCCGGCUGCAGCCUGCGGCAGAUGCUGCGAUAGAAGAGAGCGGCGGUGAAGAAGGAGCGGAGUCGUUACCUGAGAUCCCGGAGCAUCAGCAGGCAGCCAUGCAGCAGGAAGAGAGGGUGCUGACAGAGGAAAUUGAAAGCCUUCAGAAAGAAAAAGAAGAGUUGACCUUUGAGAUGCUGAGUCUGGAGCCACGAGCAUCAGAUGAUGAGACCUUGGAGUCAGAAGCCUCCAUCGGUACAGCUGACAGCUCUGAAAACCUCAAUGUGGACUCUGAGGAGACCAUUUCUGACUUCUCUGAGAGAGGCCCUUUGUUGACCUCCCCCUGGUCCCUGAGAUCUGACGGGAAGAGCCCCCGACGCCGAGUUCUCCACCGGCAGCCUGAGUCUCUGGACUCUGUAGACUCUUGUUCCUCUGUGUCUUUGUACUCCUCCUCAUCACAUUUCCAACCUUCAUCCUCUUCCUCUUCUUCUUCCACCCGCCGCUUUCGUUUCCACUCCAAGUCUUCUGGUGUCAGCUCGGGUCCGGCCCAGGCCCAGGCCCAGGUUCUGAAUGCAUCUCUAGGCUCCCGAUCUGACAACUUGGACAAUAGCCCUACAGGAGAUAAGGAAGCCAUGUGUAAUGAAAGGCCCCAGUUUACCAGUCGAGGCACCUACAAUCCAGAGAAGGGCAAGCAGAAACUUAGGGGAGCCAGACAUUCUGGCCUGAGGCACACUAGAGAAGGUGGUGGCCAAGGCAGGGACCCUUCAGAGAUACCACAGCACAUGGUAUUAUAUGGCAGUAAUGAAUUCAUGGUAUGAAGGACAAUGGGACAGUAAAACACCCCCUAUCCAACUCCCUGCCAGGCAUAUAUGUUCUCAAUGGGAGGUGAUGUAAUGGCAACUGAUCUCCACUCCUCAAAGCACUCUUGCUUAUCCUUUCAUUGUUGAAGUCUGCAAAGAAGCGUUCCCAAGUGCUGUGUACAGUGUUUCCCCCUCUGGGGGCGGGGGGGUCUGGCAGAAGGACAAGAAUCAGUGGAUGGGCUCCUCUUCUGUGGAUGAAACUGCCAACUGUGCUCUCACAGUGUAUUGGCAACUCUAUUCAGCGCCAAGAGGACACAAACUGAGCAGGACAGAGAAAAGGGAAUGUUGGAAUAUGCAGAAGAAAACCCUGGCAUCAGGGAAUGUUACAGAGCUGGAAAGCUGAAGCAGUGUACUACAAUGAAUAAAAAAAUAUAAUAAAAAAAAAUCAGGCACCAUCAGGCGUUGCAGAUGUUACAGUGAACUUAAAGCUCACGAUUACUGGCUGCUUUAUGAGUUUACAAUCAAUGUAAGCAGUGGAUGCUUUGUUAUUACAAAAUUAUUUUUCCCUUAUUUAAAAAUUUUAAUGUCACAGAAAUUCUUUAUAGCAUAUAAUAUACAGGUAUAAAUACUGUACAAAGCCGGAACACCAGCCUCUGCUGGGUUGAAGUCAAAUAUUUAUCUUUUUUUUUUUCUUCUUCUUUUUUUAAAUUGAAAAUCUUGGACAGAGAUGUUUUGGUUUGGGCAGUGGAUCCCACACUUGCGUGUGUACAUGUGCCGAGCGCUCAUGCGUGACUGUAUGUAUGUGUGAGACAGAAAAAAAGACCCACUUCAUGUGUUUUAAGUUUGUGCUGCUUUCUUUUCUUUCUCCCUUACAAGGGAAACGCCACCAUCAAAGGGACCAAGUCAGCUGGUGUGUUUUCCAGCCAAGGGGAUCCCAGCUCUUUAGGAAUGUUGGAAUCUGUGUAAAAUUCCUGCAUUCACCGCUUAACAGCCAUAUAACAAUUACAAUGUACAGUACAGUUCAUAUGUACAGUAUAGUGAACAAAUGCCAUUUUAUUCUUGCAAUCAAUUAUUACCCACUCCCAAAGCCAUCCUUCCCUGUCUCUUAAGCAUUUGCUCAAUAGCAACCAUGCAAGAACAUAAAAUUAUUGUCUCCUGUCUUUAUUGAAUGUGUACAUAUUAGUUGUAAAUAUUCAAGUGCAUAAGUGCAAUUUUUUCUUUUUGCUCACUUUCACACCUAUGUUGAAAUGGGGAAUUUGUCCAGAUUGGAACUUUUCAGCACUGUGACAGUCAAUGGCAUAUGAAAAUAGGCCUUUUUGUACAGCAGUUUCUUGUCUUGAUGUAAACAUAGCCGCCUUUAGAGUCCCACUCGCAGUUAACCAUGAUAGUGAGUCAGCCGGGCACUAUACCAGGACCUUGAAACUGAUGCAGUUAAUGGUAUCCAGCCAUCUUUAACUUUACUGUUUCUGCUUUUCUGAAUCUGUUCUACUUGUACUGUUGUUGUACUGUGUUUUACCCUUUCCUGAUGCACUACUACAUGGAAAAAAAGUACUGGGCUACCUACACAUUACAAAUGCAGGAGCUGCUGAGCCAUGGAAACCCAUGCUAUGAAGCUCCCGGCACACAGUUGCUGUGCAGAUGUUAAUGCCAGAGAAGGUUUGAAACCCUGUAGUUAUUAAGUCAGCGAAGUGCUGAUGAUUUUACACACGGUGCACCUCAUGUGACACUUCAUGGCUGAGUUGCUGUUGUUCCUACAUGCUUCCACUUUGCAUUAACAGUUGCACUUACAGUUGAUUGAGGAAUAUUCAUUUCAGUUUUAUUUAUAUACUGCCAAAUCACAAUAACAGCUGCUUCAAGGUGCUUUGUACUGUAAGGUAAAAAGCCUAAAAUAUUAGAGAGAAAACCCCAACAAUCAGAUGGACAUCAGUUGGGGUUUUCUCUCCAAGCAAGCAUUAGGUAAAUAUCUAGAGGGCAGGAAAUUUCACAACCUGUUGCAGCAGUAGCAUCCCAUUAUAGUACCACACUCAAAUGCAGUGAGCUCUUCUUUCACACAAGUUUGUAGAGGCAGAUUGCACGGCUAGGUGCUGGAUUUUAUACACUUGUGGCCAUGAGACCAAAAACACCUGAAUUCAAAGGUUAAUAGACUGUGUGGCCCAAAGCGUUUGUCUAUAUAUUGUAUUUGCCAUUUGUCACUGCAGCGACAGUUAAGUAAAAGUCAUAAAUUCACUUUAAGGAAGAGGCUCUAUUGUGAUAGAUGAGUGACACAUUUAAGAGAAAUAUCUGAAUCAAUGGAUGGAGAAACACCUACAAUGCAGAUGCUUCCAAACAGGGAAGCAUCUGCAGUUAACAUCCAGUCACGCUAUGUGGCAUGUAUAAAAAUGCUGUUCUGGU